AUGGGCAUGUACUGGGGCGGUCUCUCUGACAAGAUUGGCCGCAAGCCUGUUCUCCUCAUCGGCUGCAUCGGCACCAUGUUCAGCUUGGUCAUGGUCGGCUUUGCCUCGAACAUCUGGCUCGCCCUCAUCGGACGGGCCCUCGGCGGUCUCCUCAACGGCAACAUUGGCGUCAUCCAGACCAUGGUCGGGGAAAUGGUCAAGAAGCCUGAACAUGAGCCCCGCGCCUACUCGGUCAUGCCCUUUGUCUGGUCCAUCGGCACCAUCCUGGGCCCCUUUAUUGGUGGCACCAUGGCCAACCCGCACAAGUCGUGGCCCGAGGCCUUCCCCGUCGGCAGCCUGUUCUACAACUUCCCCUACCUGCUGCCCAACCUCGUCUGCGCCGCGCUUCUCCUCGUCAGCAUUGUGCUCGGCUGGCUCCUCCUCCAGGAGACCCACCCCGACAUGCAGUCCGCAUCGUCGAUGGCGCCGAGCACCGUCCGGGGCCGCAGCUGCAGCCUGAGCGCCGGCGACUGGGCGCAGCUCGACGAGAAGAAGGAGGAGCCGUCGUACGACAUUUUUACCAAGCGCAUCAUGACGCUCGUCGUGGCGCUGUGCAUCUUCACCUACCACUCGAUGACGUACGACCACCUGAUGCCCAUCUUCUUCGAGGACGACCGGGCCGACAGCGGCAGCAUGAGCCUCUUCUCUGCGGCGGCCUCGUCCGUCGCCGGGAGCCUCGGCGCUGGCGGUCUCGGCAUGACGACCAGGGCCGUCGGCAUGAUCAUGGGUGUCAACGGUGUCAUUGCGCUCUUUGUGCAGGCCGUCAUUUUCCCCCUCGCUGCCCAGAAAUUCGGCGUGUACAAGCUGUUCAUUGCGGUGACGGUGCUCCACCCCAUCGCCUACGUCCUCGUGCCGAACCUGCUGCUCGUGCCCGAGGCCAUGGUCUACCCGGCGAUCUACUUCUGCCUCGCUGUGCGCAACGUGCUGUCGAUCAUCCUCUACCCGCUCCUCCUCAUCCUCAUCAAGGAGGCGGCGCCGUCGCCCAAGGCUCUCGGCAAGCUCAACGGCAUGGCGGCCAGCGCGAGUGCCGGGUGCCGCAUGAUCGCGCCUCCCGUUGCCGGCUUGCUGUACACGUACGGCACCAAGAUCAACUGCUCGGGCCUCGCAUGGUACGGCAGCGCCGUCGUCGCCGUCAUUGGUGCUGUGCAAUGUUUUGCCGUCCCGCGCCAGAGGUGCGACGGCGACUGCGCCGAGGAGGCUGGCCGGGCCAGCGUGCCCAAGCAGCCGACGAUUGUCGUGACUGAGGUGGUCGACGACGAGCGCAUGUGA